CUGUGCCCGCAGGGGCGUGUGCACCCAGGCCCCCUGCUACUGCAUCAUCAUGGAGUUCUGCGCCCAGGGCCAGCUCUACGAGGUGCUGCGCGCCGGCCGCAAGGUCACCCCGUCCCUGCUGGUCGACUGGUCCAUGGGCAUCGCCGGCGGCAUGAACUACCUGCACCUGCACAAGAUCAUCCACCGCGACCUCAAAUCGCCCAACAUGCUCAUCACCUACGACGACGUGGUGAAGAUCUCGGACUUCGGCACCUCCAAGGAGCUCAUCGACAAGAGCACCAAGAUGUCCUUCGCUGGCACCGUGGCCUGGAUGGCCCCCGAGGUCAUCCGCAACGAGCCCGUCUCCGAGAAGGUGGACAUCUGGUCCUUCGGGGUAGUGCUGUGGGAGCUGCUGACCGGUGAGAUCCCCUACAAGGACGUGGACUCCUCGGCCAUCAUCUGGGGCGUGGGCAGCAACAGCCUCCACCUGCCCGUGCCCUCCAGCUGCCCCGACGGCUUCAAGGUGCUGCUGCGCCAGUGCUGGAACAGCAAACCCCGGAACCGGCCGUCCUUCCGCCAGAUCCUGCUGCACCUCGACAUCGCCUCGGCCGAUGUCCUGUCCACCCCGCAGGAGACCUACUUCAAAUCCCAGGCCGAGUGGCGGGAGGAGGUCAAGCUGCACUUUGAGAAGAUCAAAUCGGAGGGGACGUGUCUGCACCGGCUGGAGGAGGAGCUGAUCAACCGCCGGCGCGAGGAGCUGCGGCACGCGCUGGACAUCCGGGAGCACUACGAGAGGAAGCUGGAGCGCGCCAACAACCUCUACAUGGAGCUGAGCGCGCUCAUGCUGCAGCUGGAGCUCAAGGAGAAGGAGCUGCUCAGGCGGGAGCAGGCGCUGGAGAAGCGCUACCCCGGGCUCUUCAAGCCGCGAGURCCGCGGGGGCUCCUGCACGGCAACGCCGUCGAGACCCUCAUCAAGAAACGCAACGUCCCGCAGAAGCUCUCGCCCCACGGCAAGCGCCCCGACAUCCUGAAGCCGGAGGUGCUGCUGCCCAAACUGGACGCGGCCAUGGCGCAGGUGGCCCUGCCGGGCUGUCCCAAGGGUCCCCCGUCCCCCGGGCGCAGCCGCCGGGCCAAGGGCCGCCACCGCAAGGCGGGACCCCGGGGCGGCUGCGGGGAGCCGGGACCCGAGGCCGGAACCCCCCGGGGUCCCCCCGCCACCGCCGCCAGCCCCGACAUCCUCGGGGGCACCCUGGAGGCCGCCGGUGCCCCCCCGGCCACGGUACCUGAUGUGGGACCCGAGGGGGCGACGGGCACCCAAGGGUCCCCCCCGCCGCAGCCCCCAACUCCCGGGGAGCCUGAACGGGAGAGCGGGGCCGGCCGGGGGGGGAAAGGGGGGGCCGGGCAGCACCUCACCCCCGCGGCUCUGCUGUACCGGGCGGCCGUCACCCGCGGGCAGAAAAGGGGGGUCUCGUCGGAGGAAGAGGAGGGCGAAGUGGACAGCGAGGUGGAGCUGCCGCUGCGGCAGAGGUGGCCCCCGGGGAUGAGCAAGCGCCAGUCGCUGUCCACCUUCAGCUCGGAGAACUUCUCGGACGGCGACGGCGACGAGGGCCACACGAGCGAGCCGUCGCACAGUGCCACCCCCGACGUGGGCAGCACCAACACGGACGAGCGGCCCGAUGACCGCUCCGAGGAYCUGCUGUCGCAGGGCUCCGAGAUCCCGCUGGAUGCGGCCCCUCCCGAGGGGCCCGGCCGCCGGCACGGGGGGCUCAGCCCCACCAAGGUCUCCGAGGACUCGGACUGUGACAGUGCAGAGCUGGACCACUCAGGCAGCGGCGAGGGGCCCCCCCGACCCACAGCCCCCCCGGGCCUGUGACCUGCGUGCCCCCCACCCCCUACCCCUGCACUCCCUCACUUGUACAGCCCCAAAUAUUUAUAUAAAUAUCUAUCGCUCUCUACGGCUGCUGCUGCCUCGGGG